GAUGCACCUCCCAAGAAAAUCGAUCUUAGGGUAGAUGUUUAGGCUUGAGGUGCAACUUCAUAUCGUGGUGGUGGCCCGAGUUCGACAGGGACAAGGUCAGCGAAGAGAACCACAGUUGUUGCACACGUGUGCGCGCGUGAGUGAUAGUGAGUGAAGUGAUUCUUGUGCGCGACUGCGUUAUCAGUGCACGGUACCAGGAAACGGCGCACACACAGCGUAGUGCAAGAAAAACAAAACCCUCCCAUUGAGAUCAAUCGCAACGGAUACAAGAACGUACGUAAGAAUAGCCAGUGUGACAUUUACGAUUCUGCCGACCACCAAAGAUGGAUGUUGCACCGUCCAUGGUGCAACGUUCGGGCGAUAAACUGAUAGUGCGGCGGGUCGUGAGCGGUGAGCAGGUGCACCUUAGUGAACAGCAACCCACCCCGGUCCAAUCGGACGACGGUGAGUCCACCGAUCAACAGCUACUGAUCGACCGUUGGCGCCGCUUUUCGACCGAUGCGUCCACCACGCUCGGCAACUACGAUGAUCAGCUCACCGACGAAGGCGAAGCAACGCAGCCCGGCCCCUCGUCCAAACCGGUGGACGAGAACGACCAGCAGCUUCCGCAGUGUAAAAUCAAGCGCAACUACUCGUGCAGCCGAUGUACUUACUUCACGCAGAAUCCGCGCAAAUAUUUAACCCAUCUUCGGGACACGCACGGCGAGAAGAUCGUGAUCAAUGAGUGCAAGCGGUGUGUGUAUGCAUCCCGCCACUACCAGAAGCUGGUACGGCACAUGAAGAUGGUACACGGGUCUGUGGACGGCAUCCGGAAGUCAUCGUUCGGAUCGAGUCGACGGCGUGUGCAGAAAAGCUACGGCCAGGUACACUUAGGGCAGGUGUUACCCGGCGGAACGGCAAAGCUGUCCCGGGAGGAAGCAAACCAAAUAACCACUGCGUACGUGCAGCAGUUGGUGGCGUCGGGAUUGCCGAAGUUGCUGGAAGAGAUCGAGAAAUCGGCCGCCGGAGCAUCACUUGCAGCUUCCCUUUCCCGAGACAAUCAAAUGAUCCAGGCGGAGAUGGAUCAGCUAAAGCAAUCAAUGCCAUAUUCAUCCGAUGAGACCGUCCAAGAGGCUAGUGAACGUGAUAGGGUAGACAGCAAACCAUCGGAAGAUGUCAUUCCAUUGUCCAAAAAACGUUCCCGACCAAUUCCUAAGCUUAUCCCACUGAACAUGUCCACAUCCGGUAGUUGCUCAACAGGAUCUUCACCGAAAACGAUAACGCAAAAGUUUGUCAAACCAAUCCCCCUCUCCGCACUGAAGGCGGAAAACAGUGAGGUAGAUCGUGCCGGAGAAGACUAUCCGUUGAGUUUGACAACGCAUCAAUCCCAACCCCAACAGCCCAUGACGAGCGCUCAUGAGGACAUCAUGACCAAAUGCAUGUACUGCGAGCUGUCGUUUAAACCGGUCGAGGCACUCGCUAACCACAUUAAGCUAGCGCACAAGGACGACCUGAUAGCAUCGCUGCUCGCGAACUCGUUCGAAGAAGCACCCGCGGACACGAAGAGUCUCCCGCGAUCGAGCGAAACCGAACGUACGGCAAACGAAAUAUGGAAGCGUUUGCUGGAGUGUAGCGCCGAAGCGGCGACUUCGAGAAAGAGCUCCGAUUACGGCGCUACAGGUGGCUCGGGCAGUAAAGAUCCGCGGCCCGGGUCCAUCUCGAACGACGAAACGGACGAUGACAAUCGGGAGGAGCACCAAUCACAGACGUACUGUGGGGUGGAAACGGCCCCCGGGUACGGUGAGGUAACGAACCGGCUUCCAACAAUCGAUCCAGGCGGCGGACCCGGAGGCAGUGGCAGCACGGCACUGAUGAAGAAAGUCUUCAAAUGUCCGCACUGUUCGUUUUGGGCCUCGACAGCGUCCCGCUUCCACGUGCACAUUGUGGGCCACCUGAACAAGAAACCGUUCGAGUGUUCGCUGUGCGCUUACCGGUCGAACUGGCGCUGGGACAUCACGAAGCACAUCCGCCUGAAGACGAUACGGGACCCAAGCCACAAAAAUGCGGGCGUCCUGAUGAACGAUGAGACGGGCCGGCGAAACUACACCAAGUACAACAAAUACAUCGCACUCAUGCAGAUUACGGACAAGUAGCGGAAAGGAACGACGAAGGGGGAAAAGCGGGACAGACACGUAAAGCGAUUGAUGGAUGUUAAUAUAGGAUCUCUUGCGCUAAGGAAGCAACGUGUACGGGGAGUUCUUGUGUUGUAGUAAUCCUUUUAUCUCCGUCUACUUCCGUGAGAGUGUGUGAGCGAGUCUUUGAAAUAGUGUCCCUGGAUACCUGAGGUUAGUGUGUAAUAGGGAAGGAAGUCGUAACCAGAUUAUUGCCUGCGAACAUGGAUAAGACAUACAACAGUACACCACGGGACGACGGUAAGGCGUCCAUCAAAGGAUCACUUUUCGGACGUCUGACAUCGACAACAUCAGAGUACCUCCUAAUACCUGGCCGUCUGGAGAGCUUGUGAGCUUGAGCGGUUUUUUGCUCGCUUAUAUUUCCAAAUUUACAUUAUUGGAUGUAAAGCUCUUCCUUGUGCAACUAAAGCACCAAGUAUAUUGCUUUCCUGCCAGUGUCAAGUUCAACAACAUCCGACCGAAAGGUAGAGACAAGAUGGCUUUCCACCGUACUCGCAAUCAAUUCGGCGAAUAUGCUCAUUUCGCUCCGAUGAACGUCGGAAAUCUUUUCCUUCGUUCGUCUGUAAAGUCCGCUGUGGCGUUUGUACUUUGGGACAACAUUUUCCCCCAACCUUGCUGCGCUUGAACCGUGAAAUGUGAAUGUGAUGUGUUUGAGUGACUUUUACAGUGUCGAAGUCGGACCUGUUCGUCUCAGCCCUAACCCUCCUAUCUGCACCCCCACCCACCGAUACCAAUUCCGUCCCUUGUAGUACCUUCCUCGAUGGGGAACAACCAACAAACACAGGUUGGAUUUCCUGUUGUCCCUUUUUGUAGUAUGAUAAAAUCGUUUUCGGCGUUUCGCAUUACACCAAUCGUUACCAGUUAACUGCGCUUUAUUAGAGUAAUCAGUUCGCAAGUACGCUCAUCAUCAGAUAGCGCAUCACUAGGACAUAUGGUAUUUAGAUACAUAAGUGACACCGGCCAAAAAAUCAAAUGCAAAACACAACACCACCAGCAACUUUUACUACCACCCCGCUUAAUAUACACGCACCGUUUUGACAUUCCUUCGCAAAUGUGUUUGCAGCCACAUCGAAUUAAGCUGGUGGACAGGAAAAUGCAAUGUAGUAAUAUGAUAGAGCUGGAGGCAUUAUCACGAUAAACAUACCGAUUGUUGUAGGACGUUGGGAAGAAUCUCAUUCUUAAUUUAUACACACUGUUGUUUUGCUAUGAUAAUAGCUGUAAUUAAGCUCUUUUUUUAACAUUGUGGGUACAACACUUAGAAAUAAACUUUAUUGAGGAA